AUGCAACAUCCAGUGAUCAAUCAACAACCGGGAUACAAUCCCCAACAACAAAAUCCGGGACAACAAUUCCAAAUGCAACCAACAAUCACCACCCAGCCAGGUGCAUUCGUUCAGCCGGCUCCCGGCUCCGUCUGGAUGCCACUUCCACCGGCAAUUCAAGGUGUCCCCACUGGUUUGGAGUAUUUGACCUAUCUGGAUACUGUAAUGGUCCAUCAAAUCAAAGAAUUGAUUGAAAUCCAGUGCUACUAUGCGUUCGAGGAAUCGGGGUGCUGUGAACGGCAGUGUUGUGGACCAAAUCGUGGAUUCGUUAUGCAUGUGGUCGACAACUUUAAACGGGAGGUUCUGACCAUCAAACGCGAGUUCAAAUGCUGUGGUGGUGGCUGUUAUGGCUGUUUCGCGUGUGUCGGCUGCUGUCAACAAGAAUGUAUCGUCGAGACGCCUUCAAUGGGCGUUCUUGGUGUCAUUCGUCAACGCUGCGGAUUCAUGUCGUCGAAUUACGACGUUCUGGAUGCCGAUGGCAAUGUUGUGUUCCAAAUCGACGGUCCAUGCUGUUGCAUGUUGUGUGGAUGUCAGGAUAAGGAGUUUCCGAUCAAAACGGCGAACAAUGGUACGGUAGUCGGCGCGAUCACCAAAAAAUGGGGAGGCUGCUUCCGUGAGGCAUUCACUGACGCCGACACAUUUGCAGUCAACUUUCCCAGCGAUUUGGAUGUCAAACUCAAGGGUGUUCUUCUCGGCGCCACUUUCUUGAUUGACUUCAUGGAAUUCGAGCAACAGAGCCAAAAUCGAAAUGUCUAA